GUGGGGGGCGGUUGGAGGCGGUUGAAGACCGGACCCGGGACGGGGGGACGUUGUUCGGUCCGGCUCUGCCGUUAUCGCUGCCGCCGCCACUGUCACCAUGGGCACGGUUCAGCAGCGCCUGCAGCGCUUCCUUGAGAGCCCCGGGCCGGUCGGUGACCUGCUGGGGCGGUUGGAAGCUCGCACCGGUAUCCAACGGCUCUACCUUGCCUCAGGUUCUGUGGUGUUCCUGGGGCUGUACCUCAUGUUUGGCUAUGGUGCCUCACUGCUCUGCAACCUCAUCGGCUUCAGCUACCCUGCCUAUGCCUCCAUCAAAGCCAUUGAGAGCUCCAACAAGGAAGAUGACACCACCUGGCUGACCUACUGGGUGGUGUAUGGUGUCUUCAGCAUAGCAGAAGCCUUCUCUGACCUCUUCCUCUACUGGUUCCCCUUCUACUAUGCUGGGAAGUGUCUGUUCCUGGUGUGGUGCAUGGCCCCUGUGACAUGGAAUGGGUCCCAGGUGCUCUACCAGAACUUCAUCCGGCCCUACUUCCUCAAGCACCACCAAGCUGUGGACAAUGUGCUGGGCAACCUUGGCACCAAAGCCCUGGAUGCAGCUUCCACUGUCACCAAAGAAGUCCUGCAGACUCUGGUCAGCAGCAGAGCCAGGCUGGCAGCCGAGAUGGCACCGCAGCUCACCCUGUCUCCUCCAGAGCAGCCCUGAACGUCUCACAUGGAGCCAAGGACGACUGAAAGGAGCCUCCGGUGGCCCCGGUACCGGCACUGUGACCCCGAGCCUGGGGCUUGGAUCCCCCCGCGCUUGGAUUGGGGCCGGGGCCCCACCGCUGCUACCCCCUAAUAAACUCCUCCCGUAAC